GCAUAUACAUAUCCAUAUAUACAAAUACUAUUUUAUUCUAUUUCAUUCUAUUUUAUUUAUAUAUACCAUCCAUAAACAUCACCCAUAAACAUCAUCCAUAAACAUCAUCCAUAAACAUCAUCCAUAAACAUCAUCCAUAAACAUCAUCCAUAAACAUCAUCCAUAAACAUCAUCCAUAAACAUCAUCCCCAAACCAUUCCCACAUCAUAUCAUACCACACCAUACCAUACCAGACCGGGCCAGAUGCAAGCCCAUCUCCAUCACCAUCUCCAUCACCAUCUCCAUCUUUAUCACCAUCUGCAUCUGCAUCACCAUCUCCAACUCAGCAAACCCCUUCUCAACCUUCACGCCCUCGAAACUAUAUAUACAUACAGCCAUAUAAAACCAAAACCAAAACCAAACCCGAAUCAAUCCUACAUCGCCCAUGCGAAUUUGUAUCCUAUUAUCAUUAUACCCCCAUAUUCCCUUCGAUCCCUUCGAUCCCUUAUUCAUUCACCCCCUCUUCAUCCAUCCAUUAAUUCUUUCCUCUUUCCUCUCUUCACUCCCCACAAUCAAAACUCAAGCUCCCACUCAAGCUUAAAGAACCUCACACUCAAGCCCAACACACAUCCCCCAAAUAACACAGCUAAAACUUCCUUUUUCCUCCUUUCUCUUCCACACACCACACACUACACACUGUACCGUCCAAGCCAUCCCCCUAUCCCCUAUAAACAAUGCAUACACACAAAAUACCAGAAACCCUUCAUUAGAUAUUAAAUGCAUCCCUUUCUCUUUCUCUUUCUCGAUCUCAAUCUCCACCAAAACACAAAACCCAAUUUUUUUUUUGAAAAUAAAAAAUAAAAAAUAAACAAACACAACAUAAUAAAUCCAAGCUCUCAUUCAAAUAAACAACCAAACAAACAAUAAACGCGAACAAAAUUUCCAACCAAGUAUACACUCAAUGUACACCAAAAAGAAGGAAAAGAGAUGAAAAAUAACGAAUAAACGAGUAAAUGAA